AUGCACCAGCAUCAGCCUAUCAUCGAAUCGAAUGAGAGGCUGGUUGCCACAAUGGAGGAGCUCAAUCUCGAGAAAGAGAGUAGUGCUGCUAAGCAUUGGCCAUGCUUGUCAAUUAUAACGCUAUUUUCCAGGUCUAUUAUAAUUGAGUGGCCCAAAAUUUUGCAAGACAAAGGCACUGAUACAGCUGAAAGCUUCAAUCUUGCUGGCGUAGAGCUUGAUCUCGCUCCUCUGAUACAUCGUGCACGGAAUGUUGUCAAAUGCCGCACAUCACAUCCAACAAUGAGAAUACGGGUUUGCGCAAUCGGUGAGCCAGAUUCUGACACCACACUGCCACGAGUGGUGGAAGCAUUUUUUCGCGCUACACUUGUCAAACUCUCCGGUGAUCCAAACGAAAGAGUAAUUGCCGGUAGGCUAAUAUUAACACAGCGAGAAGGGACGUCAGCUACAAAGUAUCACAAUGAAAGCGGCGCAGUUGCGAACAGCGAUGGAAAGCUGAUCGUAAGUCAAGCUGCACGGGACUGCUCCAGUGCUGUCCUCCUCGAGCAAUUCAAUGAGAAUGCAAAAACAACAACUUUUAAAUAUGAGCACGGAGCACUGGCUGCACUAUUCCCCGAAUUGGUGAGAUGA